UUCCUCUUCGUUUCCGCUCUCCGGCCGGCACGGUACUUCGUAUGAGUAACUCUUAGUACUGCCUGUGCAUUUAUCCCUUGUGACAAGCAUUCCAUUGGAUAUGCCAUGUCAGUGACGAGCUCGUUGCGGGGCCAGCCAUCAGAUGCAUCCUUAAUGGACAAUUGCCUGAUUGGUUAAAGAGAAAAGUUUCUACCGAGUUGAUAAUCUGGCUAACAAAACCCGUGGACGAUUAAGCAUGCGUGCGUAUCGGUGGCCAAGAUGGUUUACCGUUUAUGGAUCCCUUGCCGCUCCAAAAGUGAAAGUCCCAAAAGUACUCUCGUACGAAACGAUUCCUCCUUGCUGGGCAUCAUCGGGCUUUGGGGGAGAGACGAGCAACCUUUUUUUUUUUUUUUGCUCGCCCAUUUGUCACGGUCUGGGUCCAACCAAGCAGCAUUGGCCAGAACCUCUCUCGGAGUAUAAGUAAGCUCGCUGCUCUUCUCCGCCCCCCAUCUUUCUUCUCAUUGCAGUUGCAUCGUGUAACAGAUCUUGUCACACUUUUUUCUUCUUGUCCGUCGUCUUAUUUCUGAUCUUAUUUCUGAAAUUCGCGAUGGCCGUCUCCUUGCUCGUGGCCGCCACAGGCCUCUUCGUCUUCAUCGUAUACUACACAAUCCAGUGGCUCGUACGAUGUCGGCGUCAAUAUCAUAUGAUCAGACAGAACGGCUGUCUGCCUCCUAAGAAGCUACCCCAGAUAGAUCCCUUCCUAGGGACCGACGUCGUCAUGCAGAACCUCGGGGCCGCGAAGAAGUAUGGCUUCCUCAACCUCCUCAGGAGUCGUCACGCCGCUCACGGUCUCACCUUCACCACCAACACCUACUUCCGGACAACCAUCAACACCUGCGACCCCACGCUCAUCCAGAAUGUGCUAUCUUUCCAAUUCCAAGAUUUCGGGAUGGGACCUCUCAGACGCAAGAGCGCAUCGCCUCUACUCGGACGAGGUAUCUUCACGACGGACGACGAGAUCUGGGCUCACCAGCGCGCCUUGAUCCGACCCAGCUUCGUCAGGGCCCAGGUUACGGAUUUCACCAUCUUCGGCCACCACGUCGAUCAGCUGAUCGCUCUCAUCGGACGUCAGAACAACGAGGUGGAUCUUCAGCAGCUCUUCUUCCGCAUGGUUUUGGACUCUAACAGCGAGUACAUGUUCGGAGAGUCUGUCGGCUUAAUGUCGGAGAACGCUUCCGAAUCGGCAACGACCUUCCACCACGCCUUGGACUACGCCCAGCAAGGAACCAUCCUUCGAUUACGUCUCGGAAACCUCAUGUUCGCUCAUCGGGACAAGAAGUUCCGCGACUCGUGCGACAUCGUACACGCCUAUGCUGACAAGUUCGUCGCCCAAGCCCUCGAGUACCGCCGCGGCCAAGCUUCUCUCCCGGCCGAGAAGAAGGUGAUGGAAGACGAGACCGUCCGUCGAAAGUACGUCUUCCUAAACGAGCUCGCCAAGGACACCGACGACCCGAUCCUAUUACGAGACCAGAUCGUCAACAUGUUAUUGGCUGCACGUGACACCACCGCCGGUUUACUCGCUUUCGUCUUCUUCAUGCUGGCUCGCCGACCCGAAGUAUUCGCCAAGCUCCGCGCCGAUGUUCUGGCUCACUACUGUGAGCCACUGACACAUGAGGCUCUUAUGGAUAUGAAGUACCUCCGAUUUGUCGUCCACGAAACUCUUCGUCUCUUCCCGCCCAUCGCUACCAACAGCCGCAUGGCCAACAAGGAUACCGUCCUUCCCGUAGGCGGCGGCCCUGAUGGAAAGUCGCCUAUGUUCGUCAAGAAGCACAACGUCGUCACCUACAGCACCUUCGUGAUGCAUCGACGAAAGGAGUUUUUCGGAGAGGACGCCGACGAGUUCCGUCCCGAGAGAUGGGAGAACCUGCGCCCCGGUUGGGAAUUCCUACCCUUCAACGGCGGCCCCAGAAUCUGCCCCGGUCAAAAGUUCGCUCUGACGGAAUCAUCGUAUACGAUCGCGCGUCUACUCCACGCCUUCUCCGGCAUCGAGAACCGCGACCCCACGGACUGGAGAGAGCAAUUGACAUUGUCGCUGACCUUGAAUAACGGUGUACAAUGCCGUCUCAUCCCCGCUUCUUCAUAACGCCUUUUAUGACUUUCUUUCAUCUUUUUUUCUUUCAUUCUUUAUACAAAUACCCAAUACCCAUGGAAUGUAUGCGGAGCUCAGGCCUCCUGACGGUUGGUUAAUUCGGGGACGGUCAUGGUUGGGAUUACAGAAAAGGGAAACUCGGAUGUUGAAGCUUACAAGUGUCUCAAUAGAUUGGACGUGUGGGUUCGAAUACUGUAGAUAUGUACGGGGACGAUAAGACGUGGAUGGAUUCUUUGGCUUUUGUUCUCAUGAUCCGACUAGACACUUGACCUCACGAUCAAAUUAGGGGACGGAUUAUUGCUGUCGUUUUAGCUGUCGUAUUAGCGCUUUUGCGGUUUGGCUGUCUGGUAGUUAACCUUUUGAAAAUAAGAAAAUGAUGUGUUUAAAAGCAGUUUGAGAAACUUGAAAAACUUGAACUUGA